AUGCCAGCUGCCGCAUAUGGCGGAGCCACGUCAUCAUUGUCCACGUCACCAACUCCAGAUCAAGCAGACAUCCUUUCUUACGUCAGUCCUGCCGGCAUUGACGUCACUGGAACUCGUUCGAACCUCUCGUCCACAUCAAACUUCUCCCGAACCUCCACCGGACCUCCCCUCUCCCGAACCUCCACCGGGCCUCCCAUCUCCCAGCGGUCUCUCUCCCGAGCCUCCAGCGGAGGCUUGAGCAGCAGCAGCUGGACCGGCGUUGCGCCUUGGGACUGGCCGGAGUCUCUAGCGCCCGCUUUUGUGGCGGGAGCAGCGGGCAGCGGCGGUGGCGCAUGGGGGACAGCGGGUGGGGGAGGCGGAUCAUGGGGGGCAGUGAAUGGGUCAAGGGCGGGAGGGGCGGCGGGGGGAGGUGGCGCGGGAGAGGGCGCACAGCAGCAGGAGAACUUGCAGGGAAAGGCAGCAGUGGGGAUGCACGUUGGCGGAGGGUAUAUGCUCCCUGGGAGCGGGUACGGUGGGACUGCUGCUGGUGGGGUGGGUGGGUGGGGAGGGCCAGGGGCCUUCAGCGGAGGGGGAGGAGCAGGGGGCGCAGGCGGAACGGGAGGAGCAGUGGGAGCGGUGGAGGCAGGGGCGGUGGCAGCAGGGGGGGGUGGGAUUGGGAUCGGAACAGAGGCAGGCGGAUCAGGCCGUCACUCCUUCCUCGCAGCUUCCUCCACAUCCCCCCCUACCAUCACUCGCUCGCUCACCGACCCUCGCAUCUUCGCUCCCCGCCAGGCUCCCUGGCACGCCCCCGCGCUCUCCCCCUUCCCCGCUUCCCCAUUCCCCCCACCUCCCCCUUCCGCCUACUCCCCGCCUCCCACGUCCGCGUUCCCCCCGGGCUUCUCCCUGCCGUCCGCCGACCCCUUAUCACCACUGGGGGCGGGCGCGGACCUGCUGCUGUCCCCCACGCGCCCGCUGCCCGUGUGCCCGGCCAAGGGGCAGUGGGUGCGCGGCAGCCAGAUCGGCGCUGGGGGCUUCGGCAGGGUGUUUCAGUGCGUCAGCAGCAUGACGGGCGAGGUGUUCGCAGUGAAGCAGGUGGCUUUGGAUCGCUCCGAUGCUGACUUCAGGGGCGACCACUCCAUCGAACAGCUCAAACAGGAGAUCAUGCUGCUCAGUCGCAUCAACCACCCCAACAUCGUGCAAUACCUCGGCUGUGAACUCGACGACAAGUACCUGUACAUAUUCCUGGAGUACGUGGAGAUGGGGUCCAUUCUGAACGUGCUGAAGAAGCUGCCAGUGCGCCCCCACGCGCUGCUCAGCAAGUAUGUGCGCCAGGUGCUGCAGGGGCUCGCCUUCCUGCACUCCAUGGAGUUUGUCCAUAGGGACAUCAAGUGCAGCAACAUCCUGGUGGAUAAGAGCGGCACCAUCAAGCUCGCUGACUUUGGGCUCGCCAAGCAUUACUCGGCAUCGUUGGACAUGACAGGCUGCCGUGGCACUGUCUGGUGGAUGGCACCUGAGGUCAUCAACGCAUCGGGGGGCUACGACUGGGCGGUGGACAUAUGGUCGCUGGGCUGCACAGUGAUAGAGAUGGUCACGCUCUGGCCGCCCUGGUUCCACCCCGCCUCUGGCUGCCCCAUCUGGGGCCGCGGCUUCGGCCCCGAAACAGCGUUCAUGAAGAUAGCGGGAACGCAGGUGCCUCCGCCCAUCCCACCAGGCAUAUCGGAUGACCUCGCAGACUUCAUCGCCAGCUGUCUUCACCUCGACCCGCGCCGCCGCCCCGCUGCCACCGCCCUCUUGAGGCACCCCUUCGUGCUCGCGCACUCCCCUUAG